AUGGCGCUCGACCCGAGUCUCUAUACGGUCGCGUGGAUCGCGCCGAUAGAGAUAGAAGCAAGAGCGGCCUUGCAUUCGUUAGACAAUUACCACGAGGGCCAGUUUCCAUGGAGUUAUGGCUACGACUACCUCUUCCACGCCGGCGAUAUCAACGGCCAUAAUGUGAUCAUCGCCACCUUACCAGGCAAACAAUACGGUACAGGCUCAGCAGCUGCUCUCGCCAGCCAAGUCAAAACCUUCUUCCCAAAUAUACAGUUUGGGCUAUUAGUUGGUGUUGCAGCCGGGCUUCCGAAUCUUGCUCAAAGUCCUCCAUAUGACAUCCGUCUCGGUGAUGUUCUUGUUGGAUUUCCAGACGGCGAAAGUGCAGGAGUCAUUCCCUAUGAUCUGGGGAAAGAGACAAAAGAUGGAUUUCAGUUAUUGAAUUGCGGCUAUGAUCUGCCUAAGACGGAAAGUAUUGUCAUGUCGGCCAUUGGCAACAUUAAGAUUCAGUCACCAGAUGACACAGACAUUGUCUUGGAAUUCUACAAGGAUAUCCAAGACAAAAGACAUGAAAGUGGCACAUUUCUUGAUCUGGGACAAGACCGAGACCAACUCUACACAGUUGACGAAGACGGAGUCGAGCGCGUUGCCGAGCGGGAACGGCGACCAGACUCGAAACGCGUGCGUGUGUGGUACGGGCCAAUUGGAUCUGGCGAGAAAGUAGUAAAGACCGCUGAGAAAAGGAAUGAGCUGCGAGACAAAUAUAACGUGAUCGGUUUGGAGAUGGAGGCCGCUGGCGUCAUGACACAGAUCGCCGUAGGGGUCAUUCGAGGUGUAUGUGACUAUGGAGAUGAACAUAAGAACAAGGAAUGGCAGCCAUAUGCUGCGGCCAUGGCAGCAGCUUACGCAAAAGCCAUCUUGUAUCGGAUCUUACCAGGGAGAGCAUUGGUGCAUUAUCAGCUACAGGCCAUGGCCAUGAUCGGCUAUAUUCGAGGAUCCCAGAAGCCAUCGAAAGUAUCGACUCUCGAGGUCAAUUAUACUCCAUGA